AAAAACUAAAUAUUUGAAAGCAGCUAAAAAUUUGGGAAUUCCCUCUGCUUAAACCCUAUUUGUAUUCCUUCCUUCCUUCCCCCCAAAAACCAAAGAUUUUAGGAAUUGAAUUCUGUAGUAUAUGAAUCAGAAGCGAUGCCGAGAGAGAGACUUAACCGUAACACUCGGAAAGGGAAAUCUGACGACACCGGCGCUGCUGUUGAUCGAAGGCUUCUUCGCUCCAAGUACCUCACCUUCAAAAACCGAAUUUCAGAUGAGAGGGAUGAUAUAUCCAAAGUUGAUUCUCAUAAGUUGAUAACAUUUAUUGAAGAAGUAGAUAGCUUGCAUCAGCUAGUACAAAAUCCCAGGGAGCAAGUAGUAGAUGCUGAAGCUCUAUUUGACAUUACAAAUACACUGGUGACCUCUGUUAAAGCGUAUAAUAGUGAUGGCUUGACACCUUCAGAGUUUGUUAGUUGUAUUCUUAGAGAUUUUGGAAAAGAAGGUGGACCAUGUAGUUACCGAAAUGAGCUAAGGAGUUCGAUAAGAUGGGAAGACAUUGGGGAAGCUGUCUCUGUUGUUUUCAGGAGUGCUCCUGGCUGUCGUACAAUGAUUGGGCCCAUGAACAAUGAGUUGAAGCGGCGUAAGACUGUGCUUCGUAGAAUGCGUGCGAAACCCGCUAGAAAUAUCCGACCAGAAGAGCUUGAUGAAAAGGAUCAUGACAAAACCACAACUGAUAAGAAUAUGGCUACUAUAUUUAAUAUCUUGAGGAAGAAUCGCAAAGCCAAGCUUGAAAAUCUAAUGUUAAACAGGAAGUCGUUUGCACAAACUGUGGAAAAUUUAUUUGCUCUAUCAUUUCUUAUAAAAGAUGGACGUACUGAGAUUUCAGUUGACGACAGUGGACGACAUCUAGUUUCCCCGAAGAAUGCUCCUAGUGCUGAUGCAAUUCAAUCUGGCGAGUCUGUUUAUAGUCAUUUUAUAUUCAGAUACGACUACAACGACUGGAAGUCAAUGUUGGACUCUGUUGCUGCCGGGGAGGAACUAAUGCCACAUAGAGCCGAUGUGAAUGAAGCAAGAAGUAACGCUGAGGCAGAAGUAGAGUUUGAUGAACCACAAGUUGCACCGUCUUCAACUCAUUUAAGGAAAUUGUGUAGGAACCGAGGUUUAGUUAUGCGGGAGCUGACUGUCGAGGAAGUUUCACCCGAAAGUGAUUGUAAUAAAGCUACUGACAGGGCCGCUGCCAUUCGUAGAGGAAAGCGAAAACUAUGAUGAUACAUUGGUUGGCCAAUCUCUCCUUGGCUCGAUCAUUAUUAUUGUUUAUUUUCGAAGUAGACGUGCAUAGUUUGGAUUAACAGUUCUCUUUACCCCGAUCGAUUAGGACUGACUGGGGUAAUGGUUCGUUCCACUUUUUGUCCUCCGAUGGUCUGGCAAACUGGAACCGGUGGUUGCUGAACCUCGGGCAUCACUAGUUGAUGCUAAAUUUUGGAGUUUUCACCAUUGUGGGAAUAUUCAUGUAAGUAACUAAGUAGGAAUGAUUAUUGAAAUUUACAUUAAUUUCUUUCGUAAUUAA